AUGAAGCUCUUCUCCAAAAAAUCGUCCAAAAAAUCCUCCACCAGUCAGGAAGCCGGCGAAGACGAGGACCAUCACAACUCUUCCCGCUCCGCAUCCUCGUCACCCACGAAAUCUCCCAUAAAGGCGCCGUUGAAAUCUCAUCAUCAUCGUGAUAACAGUCAACAAUCCCAGAAAAAUCCCGCCCGCCCUGCCUCGCCAGGCAGCAACAGCAGUGCUGGGCGCGACUCAAAACCCCGACUGUCUCGUCCCUUCGGUCGUCAUUCCACAGAUCCUGGCUCCUCUUCGUCCUCGAGACGACAGAAGAUUGACCCCAAUACCCAUCCACUUAAUCUACCGCCCGAAGAGCGGCGAAGACUCUCCGCCUUAGCCACCAUGAACCGAAGUGAUCCCAUGGACGUCGACCGCGAGUCGAACGGCGUCCCUUCGUCUCCGCCCUCGGCACCGCAGCCCGGCGCUCAAACCACUUUCUCGGUCCCCGUUCCCAACGGUAUCACUGUCAAUACUGCUGUCAACGGCAACGGCAGUGGCAGUGGCGGUGAUGCCCCCGCGCCCCCUCCUCAUAAAUCUAACCCUUCAAGCCCGGUCCCCACAACUGAAGACGAGGCGGAGGAGUACAAGUCUGCCGGCAACAAGUUCUUCAAAGAGAAAGAUUACAAGAAUGCCAUCAUGCAGUACACCAAAGCCGUCGAGCUGAUUCCCAGUUCAUCCACUUACCUCAGCAACCGCGCUGCCGCCUACAUGUCGAAUGGCAACUAUGAGGCCGCUCAAGAAGAUUGCCUGCGAGCGAUUGACCUGGACCCACAGAAUCCGAAGAUAUUGCUCCGCCUUGCCCGUAUUUACACCAGCCUGGGCCAGCCACAAGAGGCCAUGCUCACCUUCGGCCGCAUUAAUCCUCCCCCGUCGGCCAAAGACAUGGCCCCCGCCAAGGAGAUGCUGCAUCAUCUCGAGGCAGCCCAGGAUGCCCUCCGCAACGGCACCGCCGGCUCCAUGGUCCUGCACGCGUUGGACCAGGCCGAGCGUCAGCUAGGGUACAGCGCCGUCAGGCCUCGCAAGUGGCAGCUCAUGCGUGGCGAGGCGUACCUGAAGAUGGGCACCGCCAACGCCCUGGGCGAAGCGCAGAACAUCGCCAUGUCGCUGCUCCGCAAGAACAGCCAGGAUCCCGAGUCGCUGGUGCUCCGAGGUCGCGCGCUCUACUGCCUGGGCGAGAACGACAAGGCCGUCAACCAUUUCAGGAAAGCGCUCAGCUACGACCCGGACAUGAAGGAUGCCGUCAAGUGGUUGCGGGUCGUGCAGAAGCUGGAGAGGAUGAAGGAGGAGGGCAACCAGGAGUACAAGGCCGGCCGGUGGCAGAAUGCCAUCGGCAAGUACACGGCCGCCCUGGAGAUCGACCCCUCCAACAAGGGCACAAAUUCCAAGAUCCUGCAGAACCGGGCGCUAUGCAAGACGAAGCUGAAGGAGUACGACGACGCCAUCGCCGACUGCGAGCGGGCCGUCUCCCUGGAUCCUUCAUACACCAAGGCCCGCAGGACCAAGGCCAACGCGCUUGGGUCGGCCGGCAGGUGGGAGGAGGCUGUCCGGGAAUGGAAGGCCCUUCAGGAGCUGGAACCCGAGGACCGCAACAUUGCCAAGGAGGUGCGGCGGGCCGAGCUAGAGUUCAAGAAGAGCCAACGGAAGGAUUAUUACAAGAUCCUGGGCGUCGACAAGAACGCCGACGAUCAGCAGAUGAAGAAAGCUUACCGCAAGCUGGCCAUCAUCCACCAUCCUGACAAGAACCCCAACGACGAGGAGGCUGCCGAACGCUUCAAGGAUAUUGGCGAAGCCUACGAAACAUUGAGCGAUCCUCAGAAACGAGCUCGUUAUGACAGCGGAGAUGAUCUGGCCGACAUGUCUGAUAUGUUUGGCGGCGGCGGCAUGGGAGGCAUGCAUGGUAUGCACGGUGGCAUUGACCCGGAAAUCGUGUUCAACAUGAUGGGCGGAGGCGGCGGAUUCGGCGGCGGUGGCGGUGGCGGCUUCCCCGGCGGAGGUGGCUUCUCAUCAUUCGCGGACGGAGGUGGCGGUGGCCGGCGUGGUGGACCGUUUGGCGGAGGCGGCGGACGGGGUUUUAACUUUGCCUGA